AUGUCUAGUUUUUCUAUGAAAGAAGAGAAAAAUGGUGACGACAACCUCGACCAGCAGGCAGUUGAAAAUGGAACGCUUGAGUCGUCACUCGCAUUCUCUACCGCCGCAGAAAAAAGACUUGUCUGGAAGAUCGACUUGAUGGUGCUUCCGAUCAUGCUCUUUGCGUACAUGAUGGCCUUCCUGGAUAAGCAAACACUCAACUAUGCAGCUCUCAUGGGAAUCCGAGAAGAUCUUCACCUUGUCGGCUCUGAAUACAACUGGUCGUCGAGCAUAUUUUACUUCGGCUACUUGAUAUUCUCCUAUCCGGCAUCGCUGCUAAUGGUCAAAUUCCCACUUGGAAAAUAUCUUUCAACAGUCUUCAUUUUAUGGUCAUUAAUUCUAGCUUGCCAUGCCGCUACUACAAACUUUGCAGGCUUAAUGGUGGCUCGGUUCUUCCUUGGAUGUGCCGAAGCAAGUCUCUCGCCGGGUUUCACAUUGAUCACCUCUCUCUGGUAUCGAACAUCCGAGCAGCCCCUCCGACAUGGAAUUUGGUUUUGCGGAAAUUCUUUAUCGUUGAUUUUGGGGAACUUGAUCGCGGUUGGUAUUCUUCAAAUUGAUGACCGUCUUAAGGCGUGGCAGUGGCUUUUCAUUAUUUUUGGAAUCAUUACAUUCCUGUGGGGCAUCGUGAUGCUGUUCAGACUUCCCGACUCACCAGCGACCGCGAGCUUCCUCACCGAUGAGGAGAAGCUCAUUGCAACUGAGCGACUGAAGGCUAACCAAACUGGCUUCAAGAACUCUAACAUCGACAAAUCUCAGAUCAUGGAAGCAUUUGUCGAUAUCAAAACUUGGUUGCUGGCGGUGUUGAUUUUGGCAGCCAAUAUUCCAAAUGGUGGUUUCACAACGUUCAAUGGCUUGGUUCUACAAGGAUUCGGCUUUUCGACCUUCCAUACCCUGUUGCUUGGUAUCCCAGGUGGUGCGAUUGUCUUUAUAUUUGUGCUUUCAUCUGGAGUCAUCUCAUCAAAGAUUGCAAAUACCAGGUGUCUGACUAUGAUAGCCUGCAACGUGAUAAGUAUCGUCGGAAGCUCUCUUAUAUACGCGACUGGCUCGGUGGGUUCUCGAUACGCAGGCUUGCUCUUGAUGGGAAUCUAUUCCGCGGCAAUGCCUAUCUCAAUGGCGAUGAUCAGUUCCAAUAUUGGAGGCUUUACAAAGAAGGCUACGGUCAGUGCAGUGUUCUUCAUAAUGUAUUGCGUGGGGAACAUUGUGGGCCCUCAGCUCUUCUUUGAAAGAGAGGCGCCCAAGUAUCAGAGCGGUUUCCUCGCGAUAAUCAUUUGCUUGGUCGUAUGUGUCCUCGACGGGUUUGGACUUCUGUUCUUCUUGCGUUGGACAAAUGCGAGACGCGAAAGAACGCGCGUGGCAGGCACAGUGUCCCAGGACCAAGAAAAGGAGGAUCAAAUCGGCGAACCCAUCCUUUUGGAUACCACUGAUCUGAAGAACAAAGAAUUCCGAUAUGUAUACUAG